AAUUUAUAUUCCUGUGCUCGUAGUUAUUCAGAUUUUAAAAAUAAAAUAUUAUUAAUUUAAUGUAUCAUCCAGAAACAGUAUAAUAAGAAGCAUAAAGAUAAAAUAGUUCUGUGUUAUAAAAAUAUUAAGUCAUGUUUAAACAAUAGGUGUGCUAUUUCAAUUACUUUUUGUUCUACGUCGGGGUUGUUAUCCAUAAAUAAAAUAAAUAAUAAACAUUAAAAUGCAAAGUAGAAACGAUUCACUUUCUGUCCUUGGCCCCACGAUAAGCGGGUCUCCAGCAGUACUUCUAACACCAGGAAGAACGAGAAAUAUCGCUCAAGAUAUGGAAGCUCUAAGGUUAUCAAGGCAAGAUAACCCGUAUUUACAGCAGGUUAUGGCAAGCAGAGAGAGUCUAAUAGAAAGUCAUCAUGAUGAAUGCGAAUCAGAUGAUACUAUAUUAAUGUCACAGGAAUUUGGUAGUGCACCUCUUGAUUUUGUAGAAGAUGAUCCUCUGACACUGAAAGAGGUUCAUGAACAUAUGAUAAGAUCACCACCUCCUACCAGUUGCUGGCCACAAGAUAAUCUGUCUAACCGAGCGUCCAGUGCAUUUGAUUUCGGAGUGGACAGUCCAGUCUCAUAUAGUGCUUAUUCAGUCAAUUCUCAGGAAAAGGAACUUCUCGGAUCCAGGUCUCCACGUCGUGGCACCCGGUGUGAUGAGACGAAAAACAAUAAUACCAGUAGACCUCGAUCUUCUAGAUCAGUAUCACCGCGAGCUCAUGAUAUAACGCUUUGUGGAAGACCACUGUCGUUACCAGGGGAAACCCACUUGCGUACAGCAUUGAAUAAAAAGCCGAGUCAGCAAGAUAGAUUUUCGAUUCUCCAACCACGCCCUAUUCGAAGACCUCACACCAAACGGUCAGAUGACAGUGUCCAACUAGUGCCGGACUGCGAUAAGUAACUCGUGACCAAAUUGAAUAUAUUGAACAUUGAAAUAAAAAAGCAAUUUACAACUACGUCUACAGACUUUACCGGUUAUUUUACGGUAUGUAAAACCGGAACGUUAAGCGGAAUGCGUAGAAAAUCGCUUCCGCAAUAUAGUUAGUUAGAAUAAUAUUCAGAGUACUAGUUAGUACUAUUUUAAUUCAGUUUGUUACAUUUACGAAUACAUUUUUUAAAUAAUCUGAAAACCAGCAUUUUUAAAAGUUCACGAUUUUUUUUGUUGUUUAGCAAAAACAUAUUUGCUAUGGGCUCUGAUAUAUAAGCCAAUACCAAUUUACGAUUAGCAGGAUUGUUUUUUUUAAAUCAUAAUGACGGUCAAAUACUCAGAAAAGAUCCAAGUGUUUUAAGUAUGUAUAAAUGCUUUUUUAUUUCAAUAUUUGUAUGUUGACGAUGUAUUUCUUAAAUGUUUGUGAUACAUGUGAAGUGUUUACAAAUUCAUUCAAUGUUUUGACAGUAAGCAUUGUUAAGAUUCCUGUCAUCUGUCAAAUUGACAGCUGACAGAUUGUAAUGUAUGUGCAGUCCUUAGAUUUCUAAUCUUUGUUUUCAAAUUUUUUUGUUGAGGUAUUUCGCGACAUUCUUGCUGGACAAGAAUUAUCCAAUAUCAUUUUCUAAGUGUAGCAAUUCACGUAAUACGUAUAAUCAAUAGGAUUUUAUAAGUACUUAACACAAGAAUCCAAAAUAAACAUUUAGACUUUUCCAAUGUAGAAUAAGAGGUAACAUCGAUCUAAAUUUAGGAAGGUAGGUAGGAAUUUAUAAGUAGUUAAAAACAUAUAAUAUUGCUCAUUUUUAUUUGUUUGGAGCUUUUUGAAAUUGUUUUUAUUUCAACACAUUCAAUACAAUGUUCAAGUGGAUUUUACAAUUGUCUAAAUUCAAUUCAAUUUAAGAUCCUUUUAGAAGAAAAGUCAAUAUAAGGAACAUAGAUAUUCUAUGAAUUUUUCAAUUAAAGCAUAGGACAAUUUAGAUUAAAAACCUACGUGUCUUAGAAACGCAUAGUAAUUGGUAGUUUUUAAAGGUUAGAGGCAUAAUGUUAUUCAGAGCCAUAAAGAGCUUGCCUUACAUGAAUUCAUAAACGAAAAGAACCUCAGAUAGUUAUUUAAUGUGACAAAACAUUAUUUAACUAAUUAAGGUUUAUAGUACUUUUAUGAAUACUACUAAAUUUAAAUAUAUUGAGAAUUCGUGUAGGGACAUUCAGGGAGAAAUAUGAAGCGUAUAUUACGAUUCAGGCCAUCUGUUGAAUCACACUGUUUAGUAUAAAAUAUAACAAGCUAUUUAACUGCGAACUAUUGAAAAUAGGUAUAAUAGGUUUGGUCACUUGUUAAAACACUCAAACAAGUAUAAACAAUGGAGGAGUCAAAUGCGUUUUACGCGAAAAUAUGAGUACAAUAGUUGCCGUAACGUAUAUCGCAAUUAAAUAAUAAAUUAUAGUGAUAAUUAACUAAAAUUAACACAAAUUGUAAACUCUUUUAAUUGAUCUAAACAUUUUAAAUCUAAGUCCCAUUCUUUAGAACUUGUUAAAAUAUUUCACUUUUGAGAAGUCACAAUUUGUUUAUGCCUUAAAAUAAAAGACAAUGUUUCUGGCAAUAGGCAAUGUAUAUUGUCAAUAUGACGUCACUCGAUUUAACGUCAAACUAGCUAAACCGUCAAAUGGGUCAUUUGAUAAGAUUCAAAAAAAGAAAUGUUUAGUAUUGGCUUUAAAAAAUCUAAUUAGACAUUCAUAAUUUCAAGAACCCGCCAAAACGCGACGCUUCAAGAUGGCGUCCCACCUGUCUCUAUGACGUACCAUUUGUGUAAGCACGUAAACAAAUGUCAAGCUUUCAUUCUUAAAUUACAUAUAUUACGAUCCAAGACGAUCUCCGACAAAAUUAAAAGCCAAGUAGUAUUAGGUUUACAUAUGCGAAAACAUUAUUGACGUUCUAUGUAACGUGACAGACGUAUAUAGAUAUAUUAUGAUUUCUUUGAUAAAUCAAUGAUUUGUGAUGCCUAUAACUCGAAUGUGUUUUCUAACGUUUCAAUCCAUCUAAGGAUCACUCUUUAUAACGCCUGAAAAUGCGCAAUGGAGUUACAGUAUUUUUGACAUAACAAACUAUAAAUAGUCAAAACGUGUGACAGGAAGUGGAAAUUCAAAAAUAUGUCUUCUGUUUAUCAUUAGAGCAUACUCUAUUUUAUAAAAAAAAACUUUAUAUUGUUUAACCCUCUUCAUUUGUAUAUAAUCUAUGUAUGUUAUAGGUACAAAAUUUUACUUUUAAUGUUACGUCCUCAUAAUGUUUAUAUUGUUGUAUAUUUUUGACAUGAUUUCUAUCCUUAUGUAGUGUAAAAUAUAAGCUUCGAAUAUGAUAAUUCGUUAAGUAGAUUAUUAAUGUGUAAACUAAUAAAAAAUACACUUAUAAAACGUUCUAUUUAAGAGCUUUUUGGUAUAUCUAAUAAAACAUAUACAGUCCACGCAAAAACGUUUGACGCCUGCUAUGUAACUUUCUACAGCGGUCCCAAUUUCAAAUGUUGCGUUUACCAAGCAAUCCCAGCAAUACCAUGUUCACCAGCUCGUCAUCAGUGAAGGCACGUUCGAAUUUGGGUACCAUAUUGAAGUGGGGAUCGCUAGUCGACGACUGACUGGUCAGUACGGUCCCCAAAACAUUCGAUUUCUCUUGUACUAUGAAUAUUUUUCUUCUGUUAAAUUUGUUUCUGAUCUUUAUAAGUUACAAUAUAUAUACACUGCAUUAUCCGUUGUAAUAUUUAUAACUCACAAUAGAUAGGUUAAGGUAACAGUACACGGUUAUUUAGUACAUAAGGUUUUAUUAUGUUCAGACUAUUAUUCGAUGAGAAAAAGUUGGCUUUUAAUUCGCUAAGAAUAAAUUACAAAUGGAAAUUGUAAAGAAUUAAAUAAAAUUUUCAUGUACAGGACGGAAAAUUAAUUUAGUCUGAACAAUGAGUAUAUGCCCGCUGUUAACGAAACGUACGAGUGUACGCGUAUACCACGUGUAAACUAUAGUUUUUCAAAAGUUUGGCAUUGUUGAUGGCCAAUUUGUUAAUAACGCGACUUCGUCUGCGCAGGAUUAGUAUUUAGAAGAAUGUUAGCGUAGCGUAGAAAAAAAACUACUAAAGGUAUUGACUAUUCAAGAUAAACAUUUCCAUCAAACAUUAGAGUUUCACAUAUUAUGUAUAUGUGAAACUCUAGGUUUUGGUAGUAGACUUUUUCCUACUUAUUUGAUAUUUUGGACAAUUCACACAAUAUCUUUAUAAAUUGUAGCCGUUUAUUAUAUACAUUCAGUAGUUUUUACGUGAAAGAGUAACAAAUAUCACGUUUAUUAUAUUCGUAGGAUAUGCAUAAUGUGUAUAUGUGCUGAAACAAAGCUGUAACAGCGGGCAGGAGACUCUUAGCAGCUAAGAAAUAAUUAAGCUAAUACAUAAGUCACUAUCUGGUGCCAUUAUAACAUUUAUUUAAGCCAUUGUUAACCUGGUUUCCUUGUUCUAGUAUGUUCCAUUAUGCUGCGAUAUUAAUUUUAACGCUAAGUUUUCGGGACAAUCGCAGGUCGAUGUCCAAUAAGUAAGCAACAAUAAAAAAGUUGAAAUUAUUCA